AUGGGACUUACAAAGACUUACAGGGACGGAAGCACCCCCGUCGUCGCCAUCAUCGGUGCGGGAUUCUCGGGCAUGUGCGCUGCGAUUCGUCUUCAGACGGAAUUAAACUUGCAGACCUACGAGGUCUUUGAGCUCGAGCCCGACCUGGGAGGAACCUGGUGGUCCAACACCUACCCCGGUGCCGCUUGCGACGUCGCCUCUAUCAACUAUCAAUUCUCAUUCGAGCCUAACUACGAUUGGUCCCACCGUUUCUCACCCCAGCCCGAAAUCUGGGCCUACCAACGUCGCGUCGCUAAAAAGUACAACCUGUAUGAGAAGAUCCGCUUCAGGACAGAGGUCACCCAUGUCGAGUGGCAUCAGGAUCGCCAAAAAUGGACUCUCGACUAUAUGAACUUGGCUACAGGAGAGAAGAGCGUCAUGGAGGCCGACAUUGUCUUUUCGGGAAUGGGACCCCUUCGCAUCCCUCAGAUCCCUGAGCAGUUCGAGGCCUUUGAGGGUCCCAAGUGGCACACUGCCCAGUGGAAUCAUUCCUUUGACCUCACCAACAAGCGUGUCGCCAUUGUCGGCAGUGGAGCCAGUGCCAUUCAGGUUGUUCCUUCAAUUGUGGACAAGGUCAAGACGAUGGAGUUUUACCAGCGCACCCCCAGUUAUAUUAUCCCUCGCCGCAACGGAGCAUACAGCAAACUCUGGAAGUUCAUGUUCCGGCACGUGCCCUUCUUCCACUUUAUCACCUACAAGCUCAACUACUGGGGCUCGGAAGCAACCAUCAACAUCUUCAGCAGUAAGACGAUCCACCUCCUCCCCCGCUUCGCUGCCACCUGCUUGGCAUGGCUAUACCGCAUUUGGCAGAUCCGUAACAAGCAAUUGCGCGAGAAGUUGACACCAAAAUACGAGAUGGGCUGCCGUCGUGUUGUUGUCUCGUCCAACUACUUCCCUGCCCUGGCCAAGAAGAAUGUCAAUGUCCACACCGAGGCUAUCGCAGGCGUCAAGGGCAACACUUUGAUAUUGAAGGAUGGAUCUGUUCAGGAGGUUGAUGCUUUGAUUCUCGCUACUGGUUUUAAGGUCCAGGAGAUGAUCCCACCAAAGUUUAUCACAGGAAAAAACGGAAUCGAUCUGCUGGCUAAGUGGGGCAAGAACCCCUCGUCUUACUAUGGAAUCACCACCCCCGAUACCCCUAACCUCUUCUUCUUGCUCGGACCAUACACUGGACUCGGACAUAACAGUGUGUUGUUCAUGGUCGAGACUCAAGUCGACUACGCGAUCAAGGCCAUUUCACACAUGAUGGAGAAGAACCUGUCGUCGCUCGAGGUCACCCAGGGCGCCUGCGACGAGUUCAUCACCGAGCUGGACGAGAAGAUGAAGGGUAUGGUCUGGUCCUCAAACUGCAAGUCCUGGUACCAGAACGAUGAGGGUCGUGUCACUGCCCUCUGGUGGGGAUCUGUCUCCCAGUACUGGUGGAGAUUGAGGAACUUCCAUCCCAAGCGCUUCGUUGGCGUUCAGAGAAUUUAA